AUUGGCGUUGCGCAUUCUGCUCAUAGCUCAAGGAAACCGAGGGCACCCCGUAGCCCAAGGAGACCGAGGGAACCAGAAGAGGUGCUCGAGGCGAAAGGGUCCAUUGGCUCGUCUGCAGCUAUCGAGAAAGAAAUCCAGAGAACUCAGAACGAAAGUAGCACUACAAAUGAAGAGGUUACUGAGGAAGCCGAAGAUGAAAGCUUUUAUGGCUUACCUAUUGUUUGUCUCGGAUAA